CUCCCCCAAACCCACCAUGGGGAAAGAAACGAAGGUGAUGCAAGUGACCCCAGCAGACGACACAAACCCUGAUGAAGGGGGCAACACGCGCGGGACGUGGGACAGUCAGUGCGAGUUUUUCCUCUCGUGUCUUGGAUACGCUGUGGGGUUCGGCAACGUCUGGAGGUUCCCAUACCUCGCCUACAAGAACGGCGGAGCGAUCUUCCUGCUGCCGUACACGAUCAUGCUGCUGGUGGCUGGGCUGCCGCUGUUCUUCCUGGAGCUUUCGUUAGGACAGUUCACCAGCCUCGGCCCCAACAAACUGUUCCUUAGCCUGUCUCCAAUUUUUAUGG